AGCAAACAACAUUAUCUGGGCCAAUCUGGGCUAUUGGUCAUGUUUGAUUUUAAUUGAUUAACGGUUUUAAACGGUACGUGUUGAUCAACUUAGCAAGAAUGAAGCACGUAGAGUCAGCAUCGAAGAAAAAAGAGCUGUUUAUCCUGAUAAGAGAAUUGAAAGAUAAGUUAUUUGGAGAGUUCAAAACUGUGAACGGCCAGCACACCCGGCAACAAGCCUGGCAGGAAGUAAAGAAAAAGGGUGUCGAUCUUGGACUUUGCAAGCCCGAUGUGUGCAUCGCUCAGUUCAAGAAAAACUGUUUCAAUAACACGGUGCAGCGAACCCGGGAAAAACUCAGGAAACGGAACCGGACGGGACAAGGAUGUGAUUCGAGUACAUCACUGACAGAGCUGGACGAGAUCGUGCUGGAUGUCAUUGGCAGGGACGCCGAAGCCGAAGCGGUGGCUGUUCCCGGUGGUCGUGGUAUCAACGACUGGGCGACCCAGUCACCCAGUCUGCCGCCAAUUGAGAUGCCUGAGAGCGAGGAAGAUGCUCGUAAGUCACUGUAUGCAGUGUCACCAGCGUCCACCGCCAGUCCAGCACCUCCCCGGCUGAAAAUGAGGUCCAGUGUCGGCCAGCGGUCAAGAGAAGACCCGUUGAUGUGUAUGGGUGUCUCCCGACCGAGCCGCAGAGAGCUGGGUGACGCUAACAGGGCCCUUCUCGCUAUGCCGGAGGAAGAGUUAACGGAUCAAGAACGCGACAAGGUGCGACAAAUUCUAGUACUUAAGAUGUUAAAAGGCUUGGCGGCUAGGGCCGACAGUGUAUCGGUCGAAGAGGUUAAGGCAGCUGUGGCGAUGUGGUAGGAUGUUGGCAUAGGCCUCCGCAAUGAGGUUACAUUUGAAGCUGUGAAAGUCAGGUGGAAAAUGCCAUCUACGGUUGUAUUUUAAUUCUGGUUGACAGAA